AUGAUGCAGAGCGCAGCUGUCCCCGCGGAGGGGGCUGUCAAGGGGCUCCCGGAGAUGCUUGGUGUGCCGAUGCAACAGAUCCCUCAGUGCGCCGGCUGCAACCAGCACAUCCUGGACAAGUUCAUCCUGAAGGUCCUGGACAGACACUGGCACAGCUCUUGCCUCAAGUGUGCAGACUGCCAGAUGCAGCUAGCCGACAGGUGCUUCUCCAGGGCCGGGAGCGUCUACUGCAAGGAAGACUUCUUCAAACGCUUCGGCACAAAAUGCACGGCCUGCCAGCAGGGCAUCCCCCCGACCCAGGUGGUGCGUAAGGCGCAGGACUUCGUCUACCACCUGCACUGCUUCGCCUGCAUCAUCUGCAACCGGCAGCUGGCCACGGGGGACGAGUUCUACCUCAUGGAGGACGGGCGGCUGGUGUGCAAGGAGGACUACGAGACGGCCAAGCAGAACGAUGACUCCGAGGCCGGAGCCAAGCGGCCCAGAACCACCAUCACAGCGAAGCAGCUGGAGACGUUAAAGAACGCCUACAAGAACUCCCCCAAGCCUGCCCGGCACGUGAGGGAGCAGCUCUCCUCGGAGACCGGCCUGGACAUGAGGGUCGUGCAGGUCUGGUUUCAGAACCGAAGGGCCAAGGAGAAGCGCCUGAAGAAGGACGCGGGGCGGCAUCGCUGGGGGCAGUUCUAUAAGAGCGUCAAGCGGAGCCGGGGCGGCGGCAAGCAGGAGAAGGAGAGCUCUGCAGAGGACUGUGGGGUUAGUGACAGUGAGCUGAGCUUCCGAGAGGAUCAAAUUCUCUCAGAACUUGGCCACACCAAUAGGAUUUAUGGCAACGUGGGGGACGUUUCAGGCGGACAGUUAAUGAAUGGGAGCUUCUCCAUGGACGGGACAGGACAAUCCUAUCAGGACUUGAGGGAUGGGAGCCCCUAUGGAAUCCCCCAGUCUCCCUCCUCCAUAUCGUCCCUGCCAUCCCACGCUCCUUUGCUCAAUGGGCUGGAUUACACGGUGGACAGUAAUUUGGGCAUCAUUGGGCAUGCAGGGCAGGGAGUGAGCCAGACGCUGAGAGCCAUGGCUGGGGGACCCACCUCUGACAUCUCCACAGGAAGCAGUGUAGGCUAUCCUGACUUCCCAACGAGCCCAGCCUCUUGGCUCGAUGAAAUGGAUCAUCCUCCUUUUUAAACAUCUCUCCUCCCCACCCCACCCGUCCUGGCUUGAGAGAAUAUCUUCAAGGAUCAAAAGAGACUUGCCUUUUAAGGAUCAAAAGUGCACCAAUGUGAAUUUCCAUUAUUUUCAAUGGAAGUCCUCCGCUGAUCCCUAGGCGGGUGAGAGACCAGACCACACUAGGGCCCUGUUACCCUGGGGAAGUAGCGGGAAGGCAGCCUCCUCUCAGGACACAGCACAGGGGUGCAGAGCCUAGAGUGCUAGGGUGCUGCUUGGUGGCUUCCU